GUCAUUUUCCAGUGCUUUGAGAAUAAGACCGAAAUGGUGCUGUCAAGUGUGAUAAAACUGAUUCCCUUAUUGUUGCUGGUCCUCUCAUUUAGCCUUGGAACUCCAGUCAAAGAUGACCUGGAACCACCCACAACGCUUGAGCCCGAAACACCAGCGCCACCUAAUGUAGAGGAGUCUGUUACAAAGGAGGAAGUGGAAUCAAAUGAGGAGUAUGAGGAUGCAGGAGGCGAACAAAGUCAAGUAGUAGAAAGGGAGCUAAGCAGACCAGGCAGUGUGUACAGGAUCACUCUAGUGGAGAAGGGCACGACCAGAGGCAGGAGAGCAGUCAGCAACACGAAUAAAAUCUGGCCAAAAAAGAUCCCUUAUAUCAUUGAGACCUCUUACAGAAACAAAGGUAUCUACUACACGAUAGUACUGAAGCGAGCCAUGCAGUAUCUCAUGGACAGGGUUUGCAUCACAUUGGUAGACGUGACGGGUCAGAUCAGCGACACAGCCUGGUUGACAAACAACGGGUUCGAAACACAGUCUUACAUCCGGAUUACUGACAACGGAAAUUGUGUUGGAGAAAUUGGUCCAUCAAAUUACGGCGGUCGACUUGUCUCCCCUUGUUCGGAUUUCUGGAUCAACCUCCAUGAAAUGGGUCACGCCUUGGGUUCAAUGCAUGUACAGGAGAGCUCAUACCGUGACAACUACAUGACUCUCUACCCAGAUAACAUUCAGCCAAGUCUCCUGUAUUCUUACAGAAAGUACGCCAAUGCUUCAGCUUUGAUCAGCAGUUACUUUGAUCCUAAAUCAGUUCUAAUGUACAGCCCAGGAACCUGGUCUCGUAACGGCCUUGACACUUACUCCACGAUCAGAGAUGAUUUCUUCAACACAGCCAGCGACACGUCCACCGAUGACGUCAUGUUCUACGACCUGUCUCAGCUGUACAAGUGUCGAGAGACAUUCUGCAGCGAGACAGACGUGGACUGCUCCCCUGGGUACUACACACUAAUCAAAGGCGAAUGUCGCUGUGUCUGCCCCAGCGAAAGAGAGGAGAGCACUAACUGUAAAACUUUAAGGAACGGACCAUCUACAACAGCAAAGUGGCCACUCACGCCUUUUGUUUUAUUUGCUGGAGGGCCACAGCAUACAUGUCCCGUCGGAUUUACCCCUGGAUGGUACUCUUUCACCGGCACCAGCCAAAUAUCCCAGGCUGUCACCAAGCCACCAGUUCUCUUUCCUGUCAGUGGUAAGACCAACGACAUCCCUCUGUGUACCAAGGACGCCCCCAGCGAUACGCCUAUAGACUGGGAGUCCUGGCCUCCUGGUGGUCAGUACUGUAUGGUCAAGCCAGCUAGUGAGUCUUGCGGAGGAGGGUUUGUGGAGUCCAGACUGGAAGUCCAAUCGUUAGCAGCGGUCAGGUACAACGGAAGUAUUGGUGACACAGUGGUAAACGGCAACAACAUCACCCAGAAAUACUGCUGCAGGUUUCAGGAAUCCACAACUUUCCCAAUAGACCUGCCCAACCGUGACCCUUUUAGACUGAUGGUUCGAAGUACUUGCCCUAAAAUAAGAGGUCUUAAAUCAGUGUUAACAAGAAACAACUUGUGGUCAUCCAUCUACACACUGACCAAUGCCAGCACUUCCCCGUAUUGGCCAUUCUCGACCUGCUUGACCACAUUCUCCUGCUACUACCUGCCCCCUGUCUACGGAUGUAAUCAAGACAUAACUCUGGAUGCCACCACAAGGACAGCAACAGUUACCACCCCUGGCUUCCCAACUGCAAGAGAACCCAACAGAAGAUGUUUCUACAACUUCAACGUUCCUCCUGGGUCACAAAUCAAACUAACAUUCAAUACAUUUGAUUUGAGUGUGGCCAGUGAUGACAACUUUCUUAUCAAACGUUACCACAAGUGGCAGGAUCCGUACAGAAUCGACGAGACCAAUUUCCCGAAGGAUACCAUCAGUGAGGGAGACUAUCUUAGUGUAGAGUACUGGUCAGGGUUUGAUGUGACCACCAAGAAGGGAGUCAGUUUCACUGCCAGUGUGAUACUACCUGAAGAACUCUGCUAUGAUAGCGCACAGAAAGGGGCAGACUACUCAGGAAAUACUUACAUCACAGAAACGUACGAGGAGUGUCUCCCUUGGUCCCAGACAGUGGACUGUGAUAACUUUCCAGACACUGAUGCUCUUUGGCUUCUACGAUCAGAAAACUCAUGUAGGAAUCCAGAAGGAAGCAUGUUGCAGCCCUGGUGUUAUAUCAGUAGAAACGGCACCUGUUGUCAGAAACGGUACUGCGACGUCUGUCAACUUCAGACUAUUGUUGACAUCAUCAAGAACUGCGCUGCUCUGAUGGCUGCUGAUCCUGACUUCUGCUCAACUUCUCUCAGUAAAAAUGGUUGUGCCAAAUCUUGUGGCUACACGCCACUACCUUUAACUAGAGGAACAUGUGAGCCCCCAACUGUUCCAUCUGAUGGUACUCAGUCCAGUGAUGCUAAGUCCACCUACAAUGAAGGGGACAUUGUCCAGGUCAAGUGCACAGAUUCUCCAGCAGAUCCGGUGUCUGAGAUGAAAUGUACUAGCUCUGGAUGGACAGCCUUAUCCUCGGCAUGCAGAGGAGGAUGCGAUGACAAAGUCAGUUUCUGCCAGGACAUUUUAAGAUCAUUUCCCAGAUUCUGUUCUCACACAAAAACAAGGGCUACAGCGACUCAGUAUUGUGCCAAAUCCUGUAGUAUUUGCUCAGCAAGCAGCACCUGCAGUUCUCCCAGUGUUAGCACUUUCACUAGGACAUCCAGUGCGGAAAGUGUCAGUGGUGGGGUAUUCAUGAGCUUUACCUGUAGUCCUGGGCUCUACUACUGGUCAGGAGACAGAGAGCGGGCCUGUGGAUUGAAUGGAGAUCUUUUGGGGAAUAAUUUGGACUGCCAAGUUCAGCCACCUAUCACUGAUGUGAACUUGAACUUGGUCAGAAAGAGGCUUGACCUUCUGAAGACUGGCACAGCGUACUUAAUGGACUUUGAUACAUACAGAGUUCCUUUCAAAGGAGUUAUCACAAGAUGGUAUUACUUCUGUAAAACUCCAGGUGUCAUGACAUUUGCUGUUUAUAGAAAAGUGAACAACGUAUUCACCUAUGUGGGAGCAAACAACGUUACAUGCCAGCCAGAUUAUCUGAUGACGUAUUACGUUCCACUCCAGGACCAGAUCUCAGUGCAAGAAAAAGAUGUGUUCGCAGUCUUCUCUGCUGUAGCCAACACACUGUAUGUCUCUGAUUGCAACUCCAAUGACAAAGUGUUGGUCAAUCAGGUCAUUGCUGCAAACAAUUUCAACGAACUAGCCACUAAACCGGUUUCAGGAACUUAUUGUCUGGUUCCAUCUUAUGCAGCCAGAGUUCAGCCAGCUUAACUCUAGGAGUACUGACCUAUGCAAUGAACAAAACAGAAUCUCAAUGUUGAAAAUUCUUGUAUCUAAAUAUUCUAUUGUAUGCCACUUCUUUGUAUAAAAGUUAUUUUUAGAAAUAAACUGCCCUGACCUAUA